CAUGCGUGGUGCUUCACAGCGACUGUUACAGCUGACGGGAUUGUUUUGAUUAGCUGGUCGGCAGACCACCCUGGCCUUCAAUUAAGAUCUAAUUUAUCAGUCUAAAGACAAAACCAUGGGGGACGAACAAGACAUAAUGUGCAAACUAGAAAACAUUAUGGAAAUACGGAAUAAGACGGUACAGAUGCAGAAGAUCAAGUCUCGUCUGAAGUCAGAGUUUGAGUCCCUCGAGUCUGAGGAGAAACAUCUGAAGGAAUACAAACAGGAGAUGGACCUCCUAAUGCAGGAGAAGAUGGCCCAUGUAGAGGAGCUACGACUUAUACACGCUGAUAUCAAUGUGAUGGAGAGCACUAUAAAGCAGUCAGAGAACGACCUGAACAAGCUACUGGAGACGACGCGGAGGCUCCAUGAUGACUACAAACCCCUGAAGGAACAUGUAGACGCCCUGAGGAUGACCCUGGGCCUUCACAGACUUCCCAACCUCAACGAAGAGGAGGAGAAACUCUCUCUGGAUUACUUUGAGAAACAGAAGGCAGAGUGGCAGAAGGAGCCUCAUGAGCCCACAAUCCCAGAAUCCCUUGCAGCAGCGGCUGCUGCGGCCCAACAACUCCAGGUCUCCCGGAAACAAGACGCCCGCCAGACUGCCACUUUCAGACAACAGCCCCCUCCCAUGAAGGUACACAAUACACACCCUCCCAUGAAGGCCUGUCUGUCAUGCCACCAGCAGAUCCAUCGUAACGCUCCUAUCUGUCCACUGUGUAAGGCCAAGAGUCGCUCCCGCAACCCCAAGAAACCCAAGAGGAAGCCUGACGAGUAGACACACACACACCUCAUAUUGCUACAUUUCAGUAAAACACAUCUUCAUAACCUUCUCCAUGCCAUGGAACCUGCAUUUAGUAUUAACUUCAUUAUCCUAAGUGUUUUUUAAUGGUGCUAAAGUGUUGAAAUGUAAUUGGUUAAGGUUUAAUAGACCGUAACCAUGUUAUAUGCAAUAAUACAAACCAUUAUACUGUAGCUGUACCCAUGUUGUGAUUGGUUCAGGCAUUAUAAAUGUAAAACUGACUGAAUGUACUUGUUACUCUGUAUUUAGUAUGUUUACAUUGCAUGAACACUUUCCCUGGCUGAGCUAUAAUGACUGUGUUGUAACUGUUUGUGAUGAUAUGAAAGAGGGUUUUAUUGUUGCAGCGUAUAACCCAGGAAGUUGUUCUAAUGUUUACUGAACACAUAAGGAAGGGGUGGUCAAGGACUGAGAAAACCAUGACGCUUGUUUGCUUUUAACAGUGUUGUAAUGUGAAACUUUAAAACAAGAAUUCAAAAAUAAAUGGCUGUUUUGUACUGCA